AUGUCGCUCAGAGUGUGCCGGAGUUUGCAGAACUGCAAGGCUAUGCAGUCCUUCAAGUCGAUGACAGAGAUUGGCCAUGAGUGUGCCGUCGUGGGUGUGCCGAAGACCAUUGACAACGACAUCACCCUCGUGGAUCGUACAUUUGGCUUCGACACGGCGUGCACGGAGGCACGCAAGGCAAUCGAUUCGGCAUACAUUGAAGCGACCACGAACGCCAACUGCAUUGGCCUGGUCAAGCUGAUGGGUCGCCACUGCGGCUGGAUCGCUUCGACCGCCACCAUUGCUGCGCGUAAUGUUGACAUUUGCCUCAUCCCCGAGAUGGACAUCUCUCUGGCAAGCGUCAUGGACUACGUUGCAGAGGUGAUGCGCCGCCAAAAAUAUGCCGUCAUUGUCGUGGCGGAAGGUUGUGGAGACACUCUCAUUACAAGUGAUGGGGGCAAGGAUGCAGGCGGCAACAAGGUCCUGGCGGACAUAGGACCUUUCUUGAAGGAUGCCAUCACCAAACACCUGAAGAGCAUUGACAUACCAGUCAGCAUCAAGUAUAUCGACCCGACAUACAUGAUUCGGGCGGUGCCGGCCAAUGCUUUCGACAGUAUCUACUGUUCGGUCUUGGCCCAGAUGGCAGUGCAUGCCGCAAUGGCUGGUUACACGGGCAUUAGCGUUGGCAAAGUGGAUGAACGCUACGUGAUGCUCCCAAUCCACUCAAUCGUCGACAAAGGAGCGCGAAAGGUGGACCUGCGAAGCAGAUUCUUCGAGCGCAUGCUGGAUACCACUGGACAGCCAAGCUUUGCCCCAUGA